AUGGACAAGAUAGUCCGACUGGCGCUGUCGGACGGCACGGUGCUCCAAACCUUCUCGAACGUUCUCCUCGUAGAAGAGGACUCGAGGUUCGCCAGAAUGUUAAAUACGCCAGCUUUGGAGGGCAAGAAGCUAAUUAGGAUUGAUUGUUCACAUCGAGAUGCUCGUCUCAUGCGAUUCCUAAUCGACUUUAUGCGCCAUCUACUCUACAACGGAGACCCCUCCACAUUGUCCUGGCCCGACGAGUUCGAACACUGGACUAGUUUGCUGUCCGAGGCACGGUAUUGGAAGUUGAAUGAGCUGGAUGAACUGAUUCAACAAGCUCAAACCGAACGCACCAACACCAUCACAGUGUCUUAUCAUGCGGCGUUGAGUGGUGGUACUGGAACCGACGUCAACUUUCGCCGAAUCAAUCGGAUUCUGGUGCACGGCCAAGUGUUCGUGUGCCGUGAAGUGUUCGGUGAACAUUUGAAUGAGACCCGAGAUGUUAAUGUUGAAUAUAAUCGAUAUACGAGUCGCUUCUUUUUGUCGCACAGCUUCCUGGAGCAGGCUUUCGAUGCGUUGGCAGCGCACAGAUUCCGGCUAGUUGCCAGUUCCAGUCACACACCUAGUGGAUCACCUUACGCGCCCAAACAGCUACUAGGUAAUGGGAAAAGCGACACUCAGUUUCUGCAUUAUGCACAAUACGUCUUCAUACGACAAUAUUGA